GGCGCAGAGCGGCGAGACCCGGGGGAGCAGAGUUCCGCAGCGCUGCAGCCCCCCGGCCGCUGCCCCGGUGCGGGACCCCCGGCGAGCCAUCAGACCCAGAGAGAGCUCCGCAGGCACCCCCGGACCCCGGCGGCAGGAAUAGAAGGCGAUGUUAAACCACCUGCGUUAGGCUGCCUCUGAUGUUCUCGAAGUGAAACUUGACGCUGCUCAGCAAAGACACACCUCUUCCAGGGUGUUGUGCAAAAUUCUGCAUUUUAACGUAGGACAGGAAAUAUGAAAAGAGCCGGGCAGAACCCAAACAGCACCGCCGGUUAGGCCGAGGCUCGCCGGCUCCAGCGGGGAGCAAAUCAAAGGGUUUGCUGCACUUAUCCCUCCACCCGUGACUUUCCAGGGCUUUGGAAGUUGCAGUUCCUUCGCUAACAGGUUUUAAAGGAUUGGCAUUGCUGCUUCCCUCUGGAGCAGCUCUGCAGAGGGCUUUUUUUCCCUCCCUUCUCUCUCAUGCUUUAUUUCCUGACUCCACAGUGGGAUGGGUCGGUUGCAAAAGAUUCUCAUUCCCUUUUUGGGAUUGGUUUUGGCCUUCUGGUUUUAUUCUGCGAGGGAGAAUUUCAAACCGGAGAUGCUGAAAGGGAAGCGGGUGAUUGUCACCGGAGCAAGCAAGGGAAUUGGCGAGCAGAUGGCGUAUCACCUGGCGCGGAUGGGAUCCCACAUCCUCAUCACAGCACGGACAGAGGCCAAGCUGCAGAAAGUAAAUGGCAAGCUCAGCACUCCCACACGCAUGUUGCCAGCGGUGCACACAUGACAGCCAGUCUCACAUCGCAGGUGGUGGAGCGGUGCCUGGAGCUGGGGGCAGCCUCGGCGCGGUACGUCAGCGGCACCAUGGAGGACAUGGCCUUCGCCGAGCACGUGGUGAAGGAGGCAAAGACCUCGCUGGGAGGCCUAGACAUGCUCAUCCUUAAUCACGUUGGCACGUCGUACUUCGGUUAUUUCAACGGGGACGUUGGGCACGUACGAAAGCUCCUGGAGAUCAACUUCCUCAGCUACGUGGCGAUGACGACGUCUGCCCUGCCCAUGCUGAAGGAGAGCGAGGGCAGCAUCGUUGUGGUUUCAUCCAUGGCGGGUAAAGUUGGGUUUCCCUUUACGGUCCCCUACUCUGCAACUAAGUUUGCCUUGGACGGAUUUUUCAGCUCCCUGAGGCAGGAAUUCAGCAUUCAGAGCAUUAACGUUUCCAUCACACUCUGCAUCCUUGGCUUCAUCGAUACCGGUAAGAUGAGUGCUGUUUGAUGUGGCUGAUCGGGAGCUGAGCACCCAUCACCCUCUCGGUGUCUGAUGCUGCCCUUCAGCUCCUCUGCCACCCCCUCUCCCCUUCCGCCUCCGCCGCUGCUCCUCCAGCCCCGCCGCAGUGGGAAUCCCACCAAAAACCAGCCCCAAACCCCAUUUCUUCCCCCAUGCGCCAUAAAACAGCCACUGCACACGGGCUGGCACAGCCGAACCUUCACCCAGCACCAGCAGCUGCACCAGCCCCUUUUUCUCUCCCAUUAACCCAUCUAUUGAUGCUGGAACCUGGGGGGGGGGGGGGGGGGAAGGUUUGGGGUGCCAGUGCAUGGUUGGGGCAAUUCAGCCUCAUGAAUUUACCCACAUUUCGAGGCGCAGAGUGCAGUGUCCUGUGCAGACGAGCAUUUCACAAGGCCCACUCACUUCCCCCCCACCCCUCCCCCGGUCUGAUCCCCCCAGCUUG